GCUUGCCUCAUAUUCAGGCACGGAGAAGAUUUCCUGUCUAAUAUCGGUGCCGGUUAAAUGUUUUGCUGUCUGGGUGAUUUACCUCUCCGAGCUCUCUCUUACGACAGUCGACCACACGUUUACUAAGUGUCAGCAACGUCAACGAUUCUUGGCGUAGAUGCGCGAAUUGCUCCAGACCAGCACAACAAUUCCUGCUCCAAGUGAGUAUCUGAAACACGUCUCUCUCAGUUAUUUGACCUUCGCUCUCCGCCCGGUGCCCGUAUUGCAGCAGCAGCAGCAGCAGCAGGGAAAGCGAUGGGGUCGUCCCCGGCAGAGUGAGCUCAAAAGUGGAUCCCUCUGGAAUGUGCACAACGUCAUCCCGUGAGUGGGAUUUAUUUUUUCUUGCUUCAACCUCAAACUGGGCAGUAGUAGCUCUUUUAACAAGAAUUGAAGAAUGUCGGAUGACUUUCAGGAUGGGCAAGACACGGGGAUUUCUUUUUCUUUCUUUUGCUUGCUCCUUGUAAGCCCGGUUCGGUUCAGGCUCCGAUGAACCGCGUGCCUGGCAAUCUUUCGUCGAUCAGGGACGACAUAGUCCGAGGACCGAAAAGGAG